GCCUCAUGUCCCAGAAGCCACCGCGGCCUCUCAUGUCCCAGAAGCCACCGCGGCCCCUCUCCAGCUGUGUGUGUGUGUACCGGGAGGUUGUGAGUGACGGGGCCGAGCAGCGGGCCCGGCGGGCGGGCAGAGUGCGGGCUAGAUGCCGCUCACGGUGCGGAGGAAGAGAAAGACCCCGGAUGAGAAGCAGCGACCCGGGGAGUCGACUUCUGCUGCUCAGGUGAUGGCGCCCACGAGGAUGAAGCUGCGAGUGCGUCGGCGUGACAACGCGGCCUCAGGCGCUGCAGCGGGAGGCGACCGGCCGGAGGAGGAAGAGGAGCCGAGCCGAGAGAGCGGCGGUCGGAGCAGCAGGAGGAAAACCAGCAGCACCACCUCGACCACAGCCGCCGCCGCCAACGCCUCCUCCUGGUCUCCUCCUCCUCCUCCUCCUCCUCCCUCCUCCUCGGCCUCGGCGCGGGCGGCGAUGGCGGCAGCGGAGGAGGCGUCGCCGGACUCCAAGUGCCCGAUCUGCCUGGACCGCUUCAACAACCUGGCGUACCUGGACCGCUGCCUGCACCGCUUCUGCUUCCCCUGCAUCCAGGAGUGGUCGCACAACAAGGCCGAGUGUCCGCUCUGUAAGCAGCCGUUCGCCUCCAUCCUGCACUCGGUGCGCGCCGAGGACGACUUCAAGGAGUACACGCUGCGGCCGCCGCCCGCCAACAGCAGCGUCGCCGCCACCGUGGCGAUGGUGGCGGCGAUGGCCUCGGCGGCGGCGGAGCGACCACCAGAUGAGGCUGAUGCUGAGGAGGCACAGAGCUCCCGCCGGCGGGGAGACGGCGACGACGACGACGACGAGGAGGCGGCGGAGGGAGAGGGGAGGAAGAGGAGCGGGAGGCAGGAGGUCGGUGGUGUGGGAGUGGUAUCUGGACACUCCUCCUCUGGCGCUCCCUCCUCUUCCUCAACAUCCCGCUGCCUCUCCUGUUGUUGCAGAGGACAGCGAGGAGGGGGAGGACGUGGGGGAGCAGAGGGCGAGGGGGGGCCGAUCUGGCGGAGCGCGGCGAUAUUUGAGGGGCUGACUGGACUCGGCGGCGCGGUGGCGCCCACGGCACCCAACGACCGGGCGUCACGGCGGCUGAUGACUCGUCUGGUGGCGAGGCAGCGGCUGCAGCGGGAAGGCGGAACCGUGCGGCGGCUGAGGGAGAGAGAGACGGUGGCGUUCCGCCGCGCUCUCUACCGGAACGGCAUACGUGUCCGCGGCGUUGCCGGGGUCAGCGGUAACCAGGGGCAACAGCAGCAGCGUGACAUCACAGCAGAGAGCUUCCGCCGUAACCCCACCAACCUGAACAGGCUCCGCCCAUGGCUGCGGCGGGAGCUGACGGUGCUGUACGGUGCUCACGGCUCGCUGGUCGACAUCGUCCAGCGCAUCAUCAUGGCGCGGCUCGCCCGCCACGGCCUGGAGGACGCGCCCACCAUAGAAGAAGAGCUGCGGCAAUUCCUGCUGGCGCGCACCGACCACUUCCUGCACGAGCUGGUCAGCUUCGCCCGCUCACCGCUCAGUCUGGAGCACUACGACCUGCAGGCGGUGUACGAGCCGCCGGAUGCCGCCAUGGAGCUGGACGGGACGAGCAGCUCCUCCGACAGCAGCUCCGUCAUCGCCAUAUCGGAGGGCGAGGAGGAGGACCGGCCGGCGGGAGGACGAUCAGAGGACGGGAUGAUGGAGGAGGAGGACGCUAACGAUGACGUCAUCCAGGCAGGAAGCUGCCUCGCCCUGGCUGUCUGGGACGACGAGACUCCAGGCCCCUCCUACUCCACCGCCGAGCCCUCGUGUUCGCUCGCCUCCCCGCCGUUCGGCCACGCCCCUCGGGAGGCAGCCAAUGAGGAGGGAGGAGAGAAGGAGGAGGAGGAGUGUCUGAUUGUGGGAUACAAGAAGCCGAUAGCGGAGCGAACUCCUGAGCUGGUGCAGCUCUCCUCUGACAGCGAGGACGAGGAGGAGGAGAAGAAGGAGAACACGACUGAGGAAGCCCCUCUCCUCCCCCCCCGCCACCCCUCCCCUCUCUUACCUACCCACAAUCCCUCCCUCCACGUCAGCUGCGCACGGUGGCGAGCAGGACGGCGAGCCGAAGGAGAAAGAAGGCGAGCCUCCUUCCCGUGCGCGCUCCUGGUCAGGAAGCUCCGGAGGAAGCAGGAACUCGGUCUGCGCUCUCGGAGAGAGCGAGCAGCGCCGGGAGGGAGACGGGAAGUCUGACAGCGAGGUGGCGAAGGAGAAGAGGAGGAGGAAGAGGAGGAGAGGGCGGGAGAGGAGCGGCACCCUGUACAACCCGAACCGCUCCAUC